AUGAAGCCUCAAACCAGCUACCGGGCCAUCUCGGCUAGCGUGCUAGCACUGUCCGCCGGCAACGUACUAGCCGCCACCAGCGGCGACUUCAACGUCCUGACCAUGAACGUCGCAGGCCUGCCCGCCAUCCUCAACGGCAACGAGGUUCCGGGUGACAAGACGACGAACACCCGGACGAUAGGAGCGAAGUUUGCCGAGUACGGCUACGACAUCAUUCACGUACAGGAGGACUUCAACUACCACGCCUACCUCUACGAGACCGACACGCACGCCUACCGCACCGCAACCUCGGGCGGCGUGCCCUUCGGCUCCGGCCUAAACACGCUCGCGAACUACCCGUGGCUCGACUACGAGCGCGUGAAGUGGGACACGUGCAGCGACGCCUCGGGGUCCGACUGCCUGACGCCCAAGGGGUACACCUUCAUGCGGCUCGCGCUCGACGGGUCCACGGCAGCAGGCGGCAGCGGCAGCAGCAGCGCCUUCGUCGACGUGUACAACCUGCACACGGACGCCGGGACGGAGAGCGCGGACAUCGCGGCGCGCGCGGCCAACAUCCAGCAGGUCGCCGACGCGAUCGCCGCGCGCAGCGCCGGCAACGCCGUGCUCGUCUUCGGCGACACGAACAGCCGGUACACGCGCGCGGGCGACGGGAUCCGCGCCUUCCUCGCGGCCGGGCUGACAGACCCGUGGGUCGAGCUGGUCCACGCGGGCUCCAUCCCCUCCGCCGAGAGCAUCUGCGCGAACCCCAGCACCACGCCCUCCUGCGAGACCGUCGACAAGGUGUUCUACCGGGGGAGCCCCCUGGUGUCGCUGCAGGCGACGGCGUGGGCGUACGAGAGCGCGCGGUUCCUGCAGGCGAACGGCAGCAUCCUCUCGGACCACAACCCGAUCGCGGUGAACUUCACGUGGGCGGCGGGCGCGUCGCUGCGGCAGAGCGGGUUCUGGGGCGGGCCGCACGGCACCUGGUUCAGCGACGUGUCCGCGCUCGCCGCCAAGCCGGAGCCGCCGAGAGCCGCCACGCUGACCUUCCGGGGCGGCUCGCGGCUCGACAACGUCGGGCUGACGCUGUCGGACGGGACCACUGCGUUUGCGCACGGCGGGACGGGCGGCACGGCGUCGACGCUGAGCCUGGGCGCGGGCGAGCACUGGGCGAGCGCGGAGCUGUGCCAGGGGCAGAAGGACGGCCGCACGCGGAACUUCUAUAUCUUGGCGACGACGAGCAGCGGGCGGACGGUGGCGGCGGGGACGAGGACGGCGGACUGUGCGACGUUUGCGGCGCCGCAGGGGUGGGGGAUCGUGGGGUUCCUGGGGCAGGGGGGCGACGAGCUGGAUCAGUUGGCUUUUGUGUAUGCGCCGCAGUAG